UUGUCACGGUUCAUUGCUACAGCCACACGAGCUUUUAUUUUGAAUGUACGUAAACCAGGAAGUCAUCUAACACUUGCUCAUAGUGUCUGAGUUCGGCUGAGCAGCGCGUGCUCCUCCGGGCUGACGGAGACAGCUGGUCCUGCCCUGGUGCAGAGGGAGCGGAGGAGCCGGAGCUCGGGCGGAGGGGGUGGUGCUGGACAGAGAGACUGCACACACCGCCUCCGGGCCGCGGCCACGGACACGAGCCGGGGAUGGCGUCGCUCGGCGUGGGGCUGCAUCUCAUCCGAAAGCGGGGAGCGGGCAGGAGCGCCGCGGUGGAGAGGAGGAACCUGCUGACGGUGUGCAGGUUUUCAGUGAAGACUCUGCUGGACCGCUCCUGUUUUGAGACAAUAGAUGACUCAUCUCCAGAGUUCAUCAACUUUGUUUCCAUCUUGGAGCAUAUCCUCAAUCAUCGACUUAAAGGUCAGACGACUUGGUUCGGCUAUGAGAGUCCACGGAGCUUUUGGGAUUACAUAAAAGCAGCCUGCACUAAAGUCCCUCAUAAUUGCAUUCGAAGCAUCGAGAGCAUGGAGAACGUGCGAUCAUCAAGAGCGAAGGGCAGGGCGUGGAUCAGAGUGGUCCUGAUGGAGAAAAGACUGUCAGAGUACAUCUCAUCUGCACUGAGGGAAUUCAAAACCACCAGGAGGUUUUAUGAGGACGGAGCGAUCGUGCUGGGAGAGGAGGCGGGGCUGUUAGCAGACAUGCUCAUCGGACUCAACACCAUCGACUUCAGCUUCUGUCUGAAAGGGGAGGGUCUGGACGGCAGCUGCCCCGCUGUGAUCGACUACACGCCUUACCUGAAGUUCACUCAGAACGCAGACAGCAUCAGCAGUGACGAGGAGGAGAUGAGGACUGUGGGGAGCAGCGGCAGCGAGAGCAGCACGCCCGACAAAGCCGCCACGGCCGCCUCCAUCUUCACCGAGCAGAGCAACCUGGUCAGCAAGUGCAAACGCUUUGAGCAGAAGUAUCGCAUGGCGCUGGAGCAGAAGAGUUACCUGGAAGAGCUGGUCCGUCUACGAGAAGCCCAGCUGUCGGAGGCCGUGUCUCACAACAAAGCUCUUCAGCAGAGCCUGGCAGACACACACCUCUCUCACACGCUGGAGAAGGAACAGCUUAAGUACAUCAUACUGGAACUACAAGACCAACUGACGGUGCUGAAGAACAAUGAUUUGCGGUCCAGACAGGAGUUGACAGCCCAUCUGACCAAUCAGUGGCCGUCACCGGACGCCUUGGAUGCCAACGCUGUUGCCUUGGACACGCUGCUGUACAGGAAGCGCACGGGACAGUGGGAGGAGAAGAGUUUCCAGAGUCUGGAGCAGCUGUCUGCAGAAAUGAGCCUCUCUCAGACUUCUCUCGAACCGUCAAACACGCUGAGUCUGGAGGCCAAGCAGGCCAGCACACGGUGGCCUCACCAAGACAAAGAGGAAACUCCUUCUCUCAGAGGUCUGUGUGGCUCCCUGACCUCAGUUGCCAGCUACAAGUCUCUGGCCAGCCUGAAGUCCAGUGAGUGUUUGGCUAGUCCUGCAACGGAGGUCAGCAGCCCAGGCAUCACUCCUUCAUAGGGAAUGAAGAGCUUGCAAAAUAAUAAUAAUAAAAAAAAACAGAUCACUACCAGGGCCAGACAAUCCAGGAACUUUCUCAAUGUAGGUGAUGUUGAUUUGCUGUUUGUAAAAGUUUACGUUCUGUAUGUGGAGCCCAGAGCUUGAACAGAUGAACAUCAGGUUUACAAGCUGAGAAUUUGGGGUAGCAUCUUCUUUGAAUUGAACCAGCUCCAUCAGACCGAGUCAUGUCUUACAAACAUACCUUUGAGUUGAAACACUACUCAAAGUCUGACUUAGUACAGAGGAUCUAGAGAGCUUCAUAAGAUCCCUCUGUAUGUGUUUGGUUUUUGUUUUGUAGGUGUUUUUAUCUGUGGAGCAUUGUCUUUUGAUUUCUUUCUCAGAAACAGAAUAAUAGAGAGUUAAUGUAUGCAUUACUGUUUCAUUUUACAGUAUUGAAAAGAUAGUGACGGGCUAGUGUGUCUUCACUACUCUUGAAGGUUUUACUGCAUGCUAAAAAUACAGAAUGUCAGUUCUGAGUCUAGGAGGAAACAUAAAUCGGUGUAAGCCUUGGUCUUUGUUAGAUCUCGAGGAAUUGUUUCCUGGAGUUAAAGGGAUCCUUUAAUAUCCUCUGUGCUGUUACUGCUGCCACUGAAUUACAAUAAUAGUUUUUUUAAUCUUCUCAUUUUGUUGAUUUGUGAUGGUGAAUGUACCUUCACUUUUGUCACAUUAUGUUACAGUGUUUUGCAUAAUGUAGUCUCACGUUUUGUUCUUGGGUGUAAAUGUUCUUUUGGUUUCUAAUUUUUUUUUUUAAUGUUACUGAGAUGUUGUUGUGCAUACUGCAGUAUCACGUGGUUUGUUCUCAGGUACUGACCACUAUGUUUAAUAAUCACCCUUCAGUUCUGGGUUUAGUUUAAAGUUUAGCUUUAGACUAUUGUUGUUAUUCCCUUUAACUGUCCAAAUGCAGUAUUUUACUUUAACGGCUAGUUACCACAAAUAGAUCAUUCCUUAAACAAUGGUCUGUGUUAGGACUCAGUAAUGAAUAUCUUGCAAGAGAUAUUCUCAGAAUGAGAUACAAGUGUAUUUACAGAAUAUCAGUAUGAUGUAAUUAGUAUUAUUAUGGACUAGUCGGGUACCUCAACACUGAACUCAUCACUUUGCCUUUAGCUCAUUCCAGCAGUCAUUUGCACAGACAUACAGCAGAUGUUUUAUUGGAUUUCUUUGCCUUUUUACCCUUGAUUUUGAAUAAACUCCACUUGCUAAAACAGUGAAA